AUGGUGGCUCUUAUUCCUAAAAAGGAGAUUGUUAAAUCUUUUGUUGAUUUCCGUCCUAUUGCUCUAUGUAAUACUUUAUAUAAGAUUUUCACUAAAGCAAUAUCCAUUCAGCUAUCCAAAAUCCUUCCUAAACUAAUUUCAGUAGAACAAGGUGGUUUUGUACCAAACAAGGAGACGUCGGAGGGAGCUAUUGUGGCUCAUGAGGUUCUACAUUCUAUCUCCCUUCAGAGAUCCCCAACCAUGAUCUUAAAGCUUGACAUGAUAAAGGCUUAUGACAUAGUGGAAUGGAGGGUUUUAGGUCUUGUUUUGGAAAGCUGGGCUAUCAAGGCUAUGAAAUUAAAAGACCUUUGGCUAGGGGUGAAAAUCUCAGGAAUACCAAGAUCUAUAUCACACUGCCUAUUUAUAGAUGAUACCUUGUUAUUUGGUCAAGCCUCUAUGCAGGAAGCCUUGGUCAUAAAUGAAGUUAUACAAAAUUAUGCCUCUUUUUCAGGGCAGAAAGAUAAUUCAAGCUUUUGGGAUAAAAUCAUUUCGGCCAUCUCAAAGAGAAUUAUUUCUUGGAACCAUAGGUGGUUGAAUCUAGCCGGAAAAAUUGUUCUCAUUAAGUCUAUGCUGAAUGCAGUUCCUAUUUAUCUUAUGUUAGUAUUAAGAUCUCCAAAGGAUGUGUUGGUAAGCUUACAGGAGACUCUAAGGUCUUUUCUCUGGAGUAGCAAUAAAGAUGGGAGGAAAAAACUUGCUCUGGUGGCAUGGGAUAAAGUUUGCUUACCAAAGGACCUAGGGGGCACAAGGAUCAGAAAUAUGGAAAAGCAAAAUUUAGCCUUGGUGGAUAAAUUGGUUUGGAAUUUGUAUGAGAAGUCUGAUUCUUUAUGGACUCGGACUAUGUUUGCUAAAUAUCUUAAUAAUGGUCCUAGGGAGUAUAUUUUCCAGAUUUCUAAUUUACCUUCAGGAUCUGUUAUGUGGAACUUCAUAUGUAAAUGUAGAUCUGUUAUUUUGCCUAAUCUCUCUUGGAUUGUCCAUAAAGGCACAAAGGAUCUGAAAUUGCAGUAUACCAAGGUCCUGAGUGAGAGGGUGGUUAUCCUUUCAGAUGAUGAGGACGAACUGGUUUGGACUAAGAAUAUUUCUGGCAAAUAUACUGUGAGGGAUGGUUAUAAUUCCCUCAUGAAAGAUAAUGAUCUCCCUUCUUGGUCUUAUAAGCUUUUUUGGCAUCCGGUCUGUUUGCCAAAAGCUGGUGCUUUUGCUUGGUUGGCAGUUCAAGAUAGGGUUCUCACAGGCAUGAGAUUGGAUAGGUUGGGUAUCACUGUUGCCUUCACAUUAUCUACUCCUGAGGUAGACAUUAUCGACAAUUAUGGUUAUGUUUCUGAAAAGCUUGGGAGAGUUUUUGUUUUGCAUAAUCUGGAGUUGGAGUCUGAAAUUCGCAGGGUGGUUUUGGCUAGAGCACGGGAUAUGUUAAUUGGUCUUCAUGCUCUGAUUAAUUUCUGUUUUGUUUCAUCUUCUACUCCUCUCCUUGCGGUUCCUAUACAGUCUCUGGUUCCUUAUGAUGCUCUGCCUUCUCCUCUGGAGGAAAGUUCGAGUAAUUGGUUUUUUUACUAA